GAGAACCGCCGGCCUGAUGGAUGCAGACAGUCUCUUGUUGUCGCUGGAGUUGGCGUCUGGCAGUGGGCAGGGGCUCAGCCCGGACCGUCGAGCCUCCCUGCUCACGUCCCUUAUGCUGGUUAAGCGCGAUUACCGCUUUGCUCGGGUGCUUUUCUGGGGCCGCAUCCUCGGCCUUGUUGCGGAUUACUAUAUCGCACAGGGACUGAGUGAGGACCAGCUCGCACCUCGCAAGACGCUCUACAGCCUGAACUGCACAGAGUGGAGCCUCUUGCCCCCUGCCACAGAGGAGAUGGCUGCGCAGGUGGCGGUGGUGAGUGGCCGCUUCAUGGGUGAUCCCUCACACGAGUAUGAGCACACCGAGCUCCAGAAGGUGAACGAGGGGGAGAAGGUCUUUGAUGAAGAAGUGGUGGUCCAAAUCAAGGAAGAGACCCGCUUGGUGUCAAUCAUUGACCAGAUUGACAAAGCUGUCGCCAUCAUCCCCCGAGGUGCCCUCUUCAAGACUCCUUUCGGAGUCACCCACGUCAACCGGACCUUUGAAGGCCUGCCCUUGUCUGAGAUCAAGAAGCUCAACUCCUACUUCCACUUCAGGGAGGCUGUUGAUCUGAAGAACAAAACCUUGCUUGAGAAGGCAGACUUGGACCCCUCUCUGGAUUUCAUGGACUCCCUGGAGUAUGACAUCCCCAAAGGGUCGUGGAGCAUCCAGAUGGAGAAGGGCAAUGCGCUGGUGGUGCUGCGCAGCCUGCUCUGGCCAGGCCUCACCUUCUACCACGCUCCCCGCACCAAGCACUAUGGCUACAUUUAUGUGGGCACAGGGGAGAAGAACAUGGACCUGCCCUUCAUGCUGUAG